AUGUUCCCUCUUCUUGACGAAUCCUUUGAGUCGGGUGUUGUCGCGAACAAGAACGGCGAGAGCAUUGAGGGUCUGUAUAGUCGGGUCGCUGCGGCUCUGGAAAAGGUUGUAGAGAGGUGCAAUGCGGAGGGAGUUCGUUCCGUUAUCUUAUGUUCUCACGCAGCAGUGAUCAUAGCGAUAGGGCGUGUUCUGACCGGGGACAUCCCGGACAGGGUCGAGGUUCAAGAUUUUGAUACUUUCACUUGCGGCCCAGAGAGGGGGUGGUACUUUACUGGCGACGAGGCGUUCGUUUUUGGCGACCCAGUGUUGGGCGACGGUGCAGCACCCAGUGUCCCCGAGGGCAUAGCCACCUUUUCCAACUCGCGAUUGUAA